GGCACCCACGGACGACUCUCGGCGAGGCGCAGCCGCUGCAGCGCACCCCGAGGCUGCAGCACCGCCGAGAGCCGCCGAGCAACGCCCGAGGACCCGUCCGCUGGUCGCCCUGCCGGCCCUCUGGCGCUCGCGCGCUGCAGCAGGGACCCAUGCCGAGAGGCAAUCCGGCUCGCCUCCAGGGUGCCCCGGGCUUCUUGGGUUUCGAGGGUUCUGCCGUGGGAGGCGUGGCGUUCCCGCACCGAGGAUCGAUGGACGUCCUGGGGUCUCAGGGUUGGGCUUCUUGCGGGAGGUUUCUUGUGGUCGGGCCCCUACUGUGUUCAGGAGUGGGAAAGCACACACAGACACAAUGAAUCGUCGAUUCCCAGGACGACGACACGGAGGGGUCAGGCCUCACCCAGGCUGCAGAGGCGCUGCAGCUGGCUGGAGCCCCGGUUGCACCUGGACUUGAUCCCCCAGCAGCUGCCGGAGCGCACCCCGCCGGUAUCGCCGCUGCUGCUGCCGCCUCGCCUGCCGCGCUGCCGUCCGCAGGUCAGCAGUCUGGUUCUCCCCAGCUCCUCCUAUCCGCGCACGACUUCCAGGAGCUCCUUGAGGCGGAGGCCCUCCAGUACGUCGAGCUCGUCCAGGCGGGCAGGACGGCUUCCGAACAGCAUCGUACCGCAGUGUCCUUCCCGGGAACUUGGCCGGACCUCAAGGCGAUCCUGAGCAAGCUCGCCUACAGGCUGGACGACUCUGAUCCUUGGGCGGACCGGGUCCUGGCCAACCAGGCGGACGUGAUGAUCUCGGCGGCGGCAGCGCACUGCGAGGCUUGCCUGCCCGACGUCCGCAUGGCUCGACGGCAGCUCCGCCCCGACCGCCUCCCGCAGUGGAAGGAGCUGGGAGGGGAUGCAUUAGCAGCUAUCCGGGCCCUGCCGGGCGCGGAAGGGCACGACUUCCUCACGCAAUGGUCACAGGUCCUCGACCCGCGGGGCCGCCACGCCCCCACGGUCGAGCGUCACCGUCGGCUGUCGGACCUCCUGGAGAAGGGCGACGCCCGCUUCCUCCAGGAGAUGAGGGGUCAGCAAUUGUUGGCCUGGGCGCCCGCCGACACUGAGGCGUUGCAGCGGAUCUUGUCACAGUUUCUGCGACGUGCCUCCACGGAGGCACCGACAUCGAUGUUGCUGAUCACGCCACUUCCCUCCUUUCCUGGGGCGGCUACGAUGACACAGAUACUCGAUUUGUGGCACCACCUUCUGCUCGGGGAGAAGCACGCGGCGAUCGUCCAGGCCAUCCAUCUUCUUCCACAGCCGUUGGAGUACAUCCUCCCCGGACUGCGUGGACCUCGCCAUGUUCGGCAAGGAUUGGCUUGCUUCCGCAUCGCGCGCACGGGCCCGCGGAGCCCCCCGGCGAUUGUCUUAUCUCGGACCCCACUCCUGAAGACUACUGGCUCCGACAAUGUCACCAUCGACACUCCGUUGAACCUCCUGCCGACCCUCAUGUCCAAGUUGGCCACCUUGGAGGAGUUCCGGAGCAGUCCGAUUCGAGACCCCACGCGUAGCAUUGGCAGCACGAACGAGUCUCCCCGGACAUCCGUGGAGCUACUCCUCCCACCAGCCCUAUCGCAGCUUGGCAAGGAGCUCCUGCUCCGCAGGCUGCAGCGGUCGGUGCUUUCGCAAGGGAUGCUUAUCGGCCAUCGGAGCUUGUACGUGGCAGAGGACGCCAUGAUCCUCGAGUGUCUCUCACCUGCGGUGAUGCUGAAGGCCUGGCCGCUUUGCUCGGAGGCCCUUUUCCUCACCCCGAACAAACUCCUGGUACGCACUGACGCUUCCGCAGAAACUUGGACUCAGUUGAUGGACGGGCUCUGCCGAGAGGGGGAGCUUAGUCUCAUCACGAAGCUCCGUUGGAAGUCGAGCCGGUUUGGUAAGACCAAGGGAGCGCCCCAGGCCACGGACUACAUGACCGAGAUACGCAUCAAUGGCGACCCAGGGCUCUGGGCGAUGGGCCAGUACCUCGGCAAGCUCUCCCUGACAAUAUGGAACACGCAGGCGCUGUUCGCCGCAGACGGUUUCCGCCACAGGGAUAAGUCUCGACACGUGCACCGGCUCAUGGCCACGCACGAUGCGGGCGUCUGGUCCGAGAGCCAUGGCGCGGCCGACCGGGGCGCCCUCUGGCGCGAGCCUCCUGGCUGCACCUCGUGGUGGUCCCCAGGCCCCUCCUCCGGGACGGCUGGCGUUGGCAUCGCUGUCGAGACGGAUUUCCUCAAGCUGUUCGCACGCCGGGUCCACUUCGAGAUUAUAUUCCCUGGCCGCGCGGCGGUGCUGCGCCUCGACGGGGGCCAAGGCUCGCUGGACAUCUACACGGUGUACUUCCACACGGGGGACUCCACGCCUGCCGAGGACGUCGUGGAGGCCGGCUUCGACCCAGCCCAGCGCGCCCCCUCCAACUUCGAGCUCCGCGAGGCGUUGCGGCAUCGGCUGGCCCGCCGCCUCCGUCCCCGCGAGGAGGCUUUAAGCAUCCUUGGGGGGGUCUUUAAUCACGCACUCCGCCCGCCAGAGCGCGUCUGCAUCUCCGCGGGCGCAGCCGCGGGCCAUCGGGGCCACCGCGACGCCACCAGCUGGCGCACCUUGGUAGAGGUCCCCCGCGGCAUCCACGAGCUCUACCAGCCGGAACACACGUACGCGGCACCAGACACCAGAGCGCGGCUGGACCGCGUGUACUGCAACCAGUACGACGUCGAGUACCUCGGCAAGGCUUGCGCCUGCACCGCCCUGGCAUGGUGCCCCGAGUUGUCCGCCACCGCCCACUCAGUCGCAUUAGCUUGGCAGGAGCUCCUUCACAACAACCCCGACGCGCACGCCCUGACCUGGCUCCAGCUGCUGAAGCAGGCGAUGCGCCAGGCGGAGCUGGCCCUGGCUUCCCAGGUGGGUUCCGCCCCCCCGGCGGAGCAGCUGGAUGACCGCAUCGUCGUGUGCAUGAAAUUCCUCAGGGCUUCGGAGGCCUGCAGUCCAGAACGUAUUUCCCGAUGCCUCGAGCGGUAUCCGCUCUUGCGGGAUAUGGUCGCGAAUCCUUGCGACUUCACGUCCCCGCCGGGCCCUCGGCUUGCGCGGGUGCGUAGUCACGUGAUGGAGUUGCAGCGGGAUUUCACCAUGCAGGAGCUGAACAAGCUGCACGAGGACCUCCGCGAGCUGGAGCCGGCCCAAGCAGCGCGCCGGCGGCGGCGGAACCAGCAGCUGGUCUGCAAGCUCGCGCCGGGCCGCAGCUGUCAGCACUUCGCGCUGGACGCGCCUACCGGGGAGGCGACGACGGACCCCCAGGAGAUGCUCGGCAUUCUUCGCGGCCAUUGGUCCGAGGUCUUCCGCCGGAAGGACAUGGACACGUCCCUGCUGGACACUUGGUUGCGAGGAGAUGCGCAGCACCUCCCAGCCGACUACACCGACCACCUGCCCCACCUCGCUGUGCCGCGUCGUGCAUUCCGGCAGGCGAUUCGCAAGUCGGGGAACUCCGCACCGGGCCGGGAUGGCAUCCCCUUCAAAGCGUGGCGUAAGAUAGUGGACUUAGCCACCGACGCCUUCCACGAAGCGUUCGAGGCGAUGAUCGCCCCCACAGGGCUCGACAUGGUCCAGGAGGCGUGGCGCGAUUUCAACGAGAGUGUCAUGGUAUUCUUACCGAAGAAGCCCACUUCGACGUCAGCAAAUGGCACCGCG